GAUACAUUGGAGGGGCGGAUGAUACGAACUCAAGGUCAUUUGUUCAGAGACUCUUCUAUCUUGCUUUAGUCCAAUUGGAGCUCACUUGAACUUGCGGUUUUUAGAAUAUGCCAUAAGGUCGCCCUUUCAUAUACCAUAUAAUUGACCCUUAUGUCAGGAGAUACUGAUUUGUCACUGUUUGAAUUCAUUGACCGACUCAUUUCCAAGUCAACUUUGAAAUUUAACUACCACAAUUUAAAUGUCCAUAAAAUAAGGAAACGAUUAAAGAUCCAAACGUAUGAUCUCGCUUUCGUUUUUCUAAAAGGCCCCCACAAAUAUUCUAAUGGAGCAGUUGUUCAUCCUGGAAUUGAUCUUUAUGAAAAACUUCAUGAAAUUGUGGUUUCUGAGCUUAAAAAGAUGGGAAGAGAUAAGAGAGCCAGGAGGUUAGAUGCAUUAAUCAACAGUGUUCCAAGAGAUGCAGAACUCUUACGGAAGCUUAUGUUUCUGUUUCUCAUCGCUACCCCAGUACAUGGGGGUUCUAGUGAUUUAGAGGUGUAUGGUCAGUAUGAGACUGGUUCAAAUACUAUAUCUUCAGUUGCUUAUAGUCGUCUUGCUAGUAUCAGUGAUCCAGAUUACACCGGUGUGCUUUCCUCUGUGAGAUGUCGAAAUUCAUCAUCAUCAUCAAGCGCUUACUCUUUGCUGUGCAAAAGUCCAUCAUUAUUCAACCAGUCUGAUCAAAUGGGAAGCUUAUCACAGUUUACCCGGACAGCUUCAUUUUCAAACAGUAUGUUUAGUGUAAUCCCCAGGCACUUUGAUUUCACGAAAUCUAACCCUCUUGCGUUUCGAAAUUUUGCAACAACUUGCCA